GGUUGAAGCUCAGGCCAUCCUCUCUUCCCUCCUCCCGGGGAUCGUGAUCCUGGUACUCGCAGCCUUCUCGCAUCUCCAUCCCAUCCCUCCCCAGGAAAGGGGCGAAAGCACGAGGCAGGCGAGGGGCGGGGAGAGGCGCUGACAAAUCAGCUGCGGGGGCGACGUGGAGGAGCCGGGAGCCAGAGCGCCUAGCAGCAGACGGCAAGAGACCAGCAGGUGCUGCCCCUGUCCCUACUCCUCCGCCCAGCGCCUUCCUUCCCACUGCCAUUGAAAUAAAAUCAGGGGGAAAGAGGAGGAAUUGAAAUUCUGCCGAAGCCAAGGGCGCCGAGUGCGUUCCAGCUUUUAUUCGUACAGUAAGGAGGCUGCCUUUGACCAGUGAUUAAUAGAAGUGGCGAGGACAUUUGGCAACAGUGUGGAAGAAAAUACAUCUUUAGCCAUGGAUGUGUUCAUGAAAGGACUUUCCAAGGCCAAGGAAGGAGUUGUGGCUGCUGCUGAAAAAACCAAGCAGGGUGUGGCAGAAGCAGCAGGAAAGACAAAAGAGGGAGUCCUCUAUGUAGGUUCCAAAACUAAGGAAGGAGUGGUUCAUGGUGUGACCACAGUGGCUGAGAAGACCAAAGAGCAAGUGACCAAUGUUGGAGGGGCAGUGGUGACUGGUGUGACAGCUGUCGCCCAGAAGACAGUGGAGGGAGCUGGGAACAUUGCUGCUGCCACUGGAUUUGUCAAGAAGGACCAGAUGGGCAAGGGUGAAGAAGGGUACCCACAAGAAGGAAUUCUGGAAGACAUGCCUGUGGAUCCUAGCAGUGAGGCUUAUGAAAUGCCUUCAGAGGAAGGAUACCAAGACUAUGAGCCCGAAGCCUAAGAGGGCCUUGAGACCCAGUGUCCUGAGAUCUCCGGCCACUGUCCCAUGGCGUACAAGUGCUCAGUUCCAAUGUGCCCAUUCAUGACGUUUUCUCAAAGCUGUACAGUGUGUUUCAAAGUCUUCCAUCAGCAGUGAUUGACGUCCUGUACCUGCCCCUCAGCAUCCCGGUGCUUCCCUCUCACUACAGUGAAUACAUGGUAGCAGGGUCCUGUGUGCUGUGGAUCUCGUGGCUUCAAACCUAAAAUGUUAGAAGAAAAUUAAAACACCUAAGUGACUACCACUUAUUUCUAAACCUUCACUAUUUUUGUUGCUGUUCUUGAGAAGUUGUGACUUGCUACCUUAUAAGAGUUUUAGGUGUCCUUAAUGAUUCUUUCUGUCUAAGAAUGAUGUAUUGUGAAAUUUGUUAAUAAUAUAUUUUAAAAUAUGUGAGCAUGAAACUAUGCACCUAUAAAUAUUAAUUAUGAAUUUUACAGUUUUGUGAUGUGUUUUAUUAACUUGUGUUUGUACAUAAAUGGUGAAAACUAAAAUAAAGUAUCAUCUCAUUGCAAAA